AUGUUUACUAAUUUAUCGAAAAAUGUACAUAAACAGAGAUCGUUCCCUGUUAGAUAUUUCUGGGAGUAUGUUAAUAUGAUGUUUAAUAAACCAGAUGAAGAGCGUAUAAAAACAUUAGGUCCAGAUCGAGCCUGUGCUGAAUGGGUUUUACGUAACGGAGGUAAAGUGACUUGGUCUAAUGGAAAGCAACUCGCCGAUUAUAAUUUAUUGCCACCGGAAACUCAAUCCGUUCCUAAAUUGGUCACGAUUGAUGGUUCCGAGUCAUCUAUAUCACAUUAUGGAUUUGCUCAUCUAAGUAUGUAUACCAGAAUUAAAUUGAUGUUGUCUCAAUUAAAAGUUACUUGA